AUGGAAGAGAAGCCCACAAAUUCGACGCUGUCGAUGGUGAGGAGCUGGUUGCUCAUUCAGGUUGAAGAUGGCUUCCCGACGGUGGCCAAGUUCCAGCGAUUCUUCGGGGCGGGCGUAAGGAGAGACUUCCUCAACAUCGUCUCCUUCCCUGAGCCUGCGUCGGCCAGCGGGAAGGAGAAGGCCGCCACGCGAUCUUCGGGAAGCGACAGCCCCAAGGCCCAGGAUCAGGCUACCAGGACACUCAAGAAUCGCCAACAGAAUGAAUCGACGACGACCCACAACAACAAGGAAACGAACACGCGAACGAGGCCAGAGCAGAACAAGGUCGGCUUCUUCACAUCUUUCUUCUACCUCGUCUGCGAAAUCUACUUCCGAUUCGCAUCGAUGCUGGGCGAGGAGGUGACUUUCGUCCUCCUGCUGCCUUUCCUCUGGUGGCACUUCGUCACCGAGCUCGCCGAGAGCGUCGUCUUCCUCUGGUGCUUCUCCUGCUACCUGGGCCACAUGCUCAAGGAUCUUCUCCAGCUCCCGCGCCCCUACGCCCACACCGUGGCGAGGCUCGAGCACCACUACGAAUGCGAGUACGGCCUCCCAAGCACGCACGCAAUCGCCGCGACGACACUGCCUCUCUGCAUCGCCCUCUACUGCUAUCGGCACACCGUCUCCGACCCCUACGUCUACAUCUCGAUCGGCCUCGCCUUCUGGAUCUCGGUGUGCCUUUCCCGCAUGUACUUGGGCGUGCAUUCGCCUUCUGAUCUCUUCUGGGGAACCGUUGUCGGCGUCGGUUGCUUCUACCUUUGGGUCAAUGUCAACGAACAUGUGGACUACGUGCUCGACACGAGCCCCAUCCAGGUCAUGAUGGCUAUGCCAGUCGUGCUCGCCGCCCUUCUUGCCGUCUACCCCGCCCCUCCCCAGUGGACCAACUCCUACGGCGACACCGCCACCAUUUUGGGUGCCUUGAAUGGUGGCCUGUUGCACAUGGGCAUGUUCGGCAAGGUUAACCUCUACCGCCUUAACUUCUCCGAGCUGUUCAGCAGCGAGACCUUCCUCCUGGCCUUUGCGCGCAUCCUCGUCGGCUACCUGGUCGUCUUUAUGACUCGUCUCAUCAUGAAGAAGGCCUCCUUCAUCUUCCUUUCCUCAAUUUUGCCUACCAAGUCCCAGGCGAGCACCAAGGCGAGAUACUCGAUCGAGAUCCCGGCCAAGUUCAUCAACUACACGGUGGUCUGUCUGUCGGCGACGGCCUGGGCGCCACUGGCGAUGAACACUCUGUUCAGCUGA